AUGUCAAGUCGAUUUUUCAACUUGCAGGGAUUGGCAUUAAUUACAAUUCAGGCUUAUUAUAAGGAUUUGCAGCCCGCCUUCUGUUUCGGCAAGCCGAGCUGCAUACACGGCGGCAAGGCGGUGAUGUUCUACACUUCAUUGGGAUUGUUAGCAUUGGGGUCCGGUGGGGUUAAGGGAGCUCUUCCGGCACUCGGUGGUGAACAAUUUGAUCAUAAAGACCCCAAGGAAGCAAAAGCUCUAGCAAGGUUUUUCAACUGGCUAUUGCUCAGUACUACACUCGGAGCUUCCGUCGGAGUGACGGGCAUCGUGUAUUUGACUACGGAAAAGCAUAAGUGGUUUUGGGGUUUCUUCAUAUCGACGGUGGCUACGUUCAUCGGAUUCUGUGUUCUUGCAUCGGGAAAGCCUUUCUACCGCCUACGGGAACCGACGGCUGCUAAUAGCCCCAUCAUAAGGAUAGCUCAGGUCAUAGCAGUUGCCUUCAAAAAUAGACGGCUAGCUCUGCCGGAUAAACCGGAUGAAUUGUACGAGGUCGAUGAAGACGAAACCAGUUGCAGGGAGGAAAGUAUCUCCCACACCAACCAAUUCAGAUUCCUAGAUAAAGCAGCAAUUGUUCCGAAAGAGCCGGAAGCGACACCGUCACCGUGGACAGUGUGCACGGUGACUCAAGUUGAAGAAGUCAAGAUACUAACCAGAAUGUUGCCCAUUUUAGGCAGUACCAUCAUAAUGAACACAAGUCUGGCGCAGCUGCAGACAUUCUCGGUUGAGCAAGGUAACAUCAUGGAUCGCCAUCUCGGACAACUCAACGUUCCCGCCGCAUCAAUCCCGAUAAUCCCACUGGUCUUCAUGUCCAUUCUGAUUCCUGUCUAUGAAUUAUUCUUCGUCCCUUUUGCUCGAAAAAUCACACAUCAUCCAUCCGGCAUCACGCAACUCCAACGCGUCGGCGUGGGGCUUGUUCUGUCAGCAAUUUCAAUGGCUGUUGCCGGUAUCGUUGAGGUUAAAAGAAGGGAUCAAGCUCAUAAGAACAUGUUCAAGCCCAUAAGUCUCUUCUGGCUCUCCUUUCAAUACGGAAUAUUCGGAAUUGCAGACAUGUUCACUCUUGUGGGUCUGUUGGAAUUUUUCUACAAGGAAGCACCGAUCGGCAUGAGAUCACUCUCGACAUCCUUUACCUGGUUAUCUCUAUCUUUCGGCUACUUCUUGAGCACCGUGUUCGUAAACAUCAUAAACUCCAUCACCAAAAGAGUCGGUUCAAGCGGAAAGGGUUGGAUUCAUGGAUUAGACUUAAACCAGAGCAACUUGAAUCUCUUUUACUGGUUUUUAGCCAUCCUUAGCUGCUUAAACUUUAUAAAUUAUCUGUACUGGGCCUCAUGGUACAAAUACAAGACGGGCGAACCUGAUCCUGAUGAAGCCGAAGCUAAGGAUUUGCGUAACGGACCUCUUGUAGCAGAGGGAGAAAACACCACCCUGGAUGGAGGAGUAUCACAAACACAUGAAGCUCCUUCUUCUGUUCAAACAGAGGAAUCAACGCAACAACUAAUAAAAGAACUUGAUCAUCCUGAAGCCGAAGCUAAGGAUUUGAGUACCGGACCGCUUGUCAAAGAGGAAGAAAACACCUUGGAUGGAGGACUAACACAAACACAGGAAGCUCCGUCUUCUGUUCAAACAGAGGAAUCCAAGCAACAACUAAUAAAAGAACUUGAUCAUCCUGAAGCCGAAGCUAAGGAUUUGAGUAGCGGACCGCUUGUCAAAGGGGAAGAAAACACCUUGGAUGGAGGACUAACACAAACACAGGAAGCUCCUUCUGUUCAAACAGAGGAAUCUAAGCAAUAG